GCAGGUCCCAUGAGUAGUCGAACAAAUGAAAGGUUGUCGACGAAGGGGAUCAAAGGCUGCACAAGACACCUUCAACCUCGCCCGCAUGUUAGCUUGAUUGUACUAUCACUCACUUACCUUACCUGCUUUCAGAUUAACUUUUUUAAUGGCAAGCGUUAUCGUAGCUCCACCCCCAACUCAACAUACAUAAAGAUUAUAAAUAUAUUGAAAUCAAGUUAAAGUGUACGCUUAUGUAUUAUGUCUAAUAUGCGCUAUUUUUUGGUCAUUUUCUCGACUAUUUUGACCAUAUAUAUACCUUCCUUUGAACUUCACUUGUCUUGUUUUUCCUUCAAAAAAGUUCACAAAUCCUCCUCCAUUUUCCUCCAUAGUUACAAAAAUCAUACUUGUAAUUCCAGAUCUGCUAGUGAUUCAAGCUUCCCUUUCUUCAGGUAAUCGAUAAAUCUCCUCUUUUGAUUUCCUUUUCCUGUUCCGGAUGAACGCGUUAGCAAACUGCACACCAACUGUUUGAUAAAAGGCCCCAAAGACUUUGCUAUUAUAAAACUGUAACCAAACCAAAAAAAAUGAAACGACGAGGUCAUUUCACAAAGAAUCCGAUCAAAUUUCUAUGUAUUGUAGUCUCGAUUGCUUGUACUUUCGUGCUGUGUUUUUCAGUACUAAAACUUAACGAAGUACCACAAAGAACUGAAAAUGUGAUUGGUUUGAAACUGAAGAUAAAUCGAAUAGAUGGAGGAUCAGUAGAAGGAAUAGGGAAGUUUGGGGAAAUAGUGAUCGGAAUGCUGCCUCAAGAUUUGGGGUUUACAUUAUUUUUGCCAUCUGAGAAAGCAUUCGAGCGGGAUUUAGGAUUGAAAUUUGGUGAGAAUGAGAAUGAAAAUGAUACGUAUGCGAUAUUAACUCGUGUGCUCGGGUUUUCAGCUGUUCCAAGAAGGAUUUACGCGGAUAAUGUACAAUUUGGAAAGGAGAUUGAUUAUGAUUCCGUAUCGGGAUACACCAUGUAUAUAUCGAAAGAUUCAGAUGGGAUGUUGAUAGUCAAUAGAAUUGCUUCGCAAAUGGUGGAUCUGAGAAGAGGGAAGAUUGUUGUACAUGUUAUGGAUGGGGUGAUAAUGGAUUCAGAAUUCGAGCAAUCUGUUCGACCUGAGGAUGAUUGAGUUGAGUUGAGCUGAGCUGAGGUUUCUGAAAUUAUUGAGGUUACCUCAUUUUGACAUGGGGAAGAACUUGUGAAGCUUUUAUCGGUACGUGAUGCAUUGGGAUGGCGCAGAAGGAUCUAUAAAAACGAAAACUUUGGUGUAUACCUUUGCUGAAUUCGAGUAAAUCCGCUCUCUCAGACUUUGUUAGACGAAAUUGAGCUGAGUUGAAGACAACAUUGAAGUAUAAGUGGACUUACCAGAUCAACUAAAUUAGGAAAAUCUGCUUAUGAUGAUGAUAAUUUUGAGCCGAGGGUUCAAAAACAGUCUCUCUAUCUCAAUGAGGUAGUAGUAAGGUCUGCGUACAUUCUACCCUCCCCAGACCCCAAUUGUGGGAUUUUACUAGGUAUGUUGUUGUUGUUGUUGUUGUUGCUGCUUAUGAAGAUGAAUUAUGCGUUACCUGAGUUGGGGUCUUUCGGAAACAACCUUUCUACUUCCCGAGAUAGAAGUAGGUUUGUGUACACUCUACCCUCGUCAGACCCACCUUGUGGAAUUACACUGGGUAUGUUGUUGUUGUUGCUUGUGAAGAGGAAUUAUCUAAGUUUAAUGAAAGUUUCAUAUGUAUUUCCAGCUGCCUUUAUCUCUGUAUAUAUGCAUAUUCAAACUUGUUAACUAUUUGUGAGUUGUGAGGUUGAUUGAAAUUUUUUCAAUCUUCAUUU